AUGGCAAGUAAUCUGCCAAAGUCUGAUGCAGAUGUGCAACAAGAAGAUAUCUUUCAAGCCAUCAGAAAUAAUGAUUUGCCAAAAGUCCAAAGUCUGCUCAACUCCUGCAGUGUUCAUUUAUUAAAUAUUGUGGAUAAAUCCAAUAAAAACAAUACACCUCUGCAUUAUGCCGUAGAAGAGAACAGAUAUGAAAUAGUCCAGGAACUAUUAUUGGAAAAGUCGAGAACAAAUAUAAACGCGCAGAAUGACGAUGGUGAUACUGCCCUGCACGUUGGCGCCAAGAAGAACUCUGAUCGGCUGAUGUAUUUGCUCCUCAAAAAAGGAGCAAUCUGCGAUGCUGUCAACAAGGAUGGUAAAACAUUUCUGGAUGUUGUCAGGAUAUUGGCAACCCAAACGGGUUUCUGCAAAAGCAAGGACAAAAUUGAAAAAAGCAUGGAUAAAUCUAACCAACCGCAACCAUCUGGAAUAGUUACAGGGCAAAGCGAAGAGCAGAAAAUGCAAGAAGUUGAUAAAAAGGAUACAAAUCAUGUAGUCCAUAACAAAAAAACAAAUAGUAUCUCCACCUUUAUUAGACAGAAAUGCUAA